AUGCGCUAUGCCACAGGGACCUCUUCUCUCUCACCAGAUUGCAGCGUAGACUGCCAGACCCACUGUCGCAUUGACUGCAGGCAGGGACAUUACUACGCAGGUGGCAACUGCUUGGAAUGUCCAACGGGUUUCUAUUGCCCGGGAGGUCAAGCAGCUCCAAGGAAAUGCCCUCUGGGAACAGCCAAUGAACUUACUGCUCAAGCGGACAUCACAGCCUGCCAGGUUUGUCCUGAUGGUUACCUCAGCCUCGAGAGCGGAGCUGGGUGCCGUGUGUGCCCAGAUGGCUACUCGUGUGAUCCACGUAGUGGUGUGCAGAGGAGCUGUGGUCCUGGCCAGUAUUCACCAGAGGGAGAGUUGGAGUGUCAGGAAUGUCCAGAGGGAUACAUCUGCCCAGAUGGACGGAGCAAAGAGCGUUGUUUGGCCGGUCAGCAGCCAGACCCAAGCCGCACUCACUGUGUAACCUGCGCUCCAGGUUCUUUCUCAGCUGAAAACCCUCUGCUAUGCGAGCCUUGCCCAAAAGGUCGCUUCUGUUCUGAGGGAUUUGCAGUCCCUCCAUGCCCAGCAGGGAGUUUCAAGCCUAAAGAGGGAAUUCACACACCCAUCAGCAGCUCCUCAUGCGUGCCAGGACUUGGAUUGUGUUUGAAGUGUCCUGCUGGGUAUUUCUGUCCUGCUGGAGCAAGUUAUCCAGUCCCAUGCCAGCCAGGUACCUACAAUCCACUCCAAGGACAGGAUGAAGCUGCUGAUUGCAGAGCCUGCCCAGCAGGUAGAGCUUGUACUCAGGCUGGCUUAACCCAGCCGGAUGCGGAGUGCUUACCAGGGUAUGUGUGCCCAGUGGGGUCAUCCAGCCCUCAUUUUCCCAGCAAUGCCUGUCCUCCAGGAACAGUUGGCAAUGACUUCAACCUCUUUGACAAAUCCCAGUGUGAAACGUGUCCCGCUGGAUUUGUCUGUGUGAGAGGAACGGGGGGGAAACAGAAGCCCCCCACACCAUGCCCUGUUGGUCACUACUGCCCACCGGGCACAAAGCACCCACUGCAGCACAAGUGUCCCCCUGGCACCUGGAGCAAUAGGACAACCCUGACCUCGGGAGAGGAGUGCUUUCCAUGCCCUGCAGGCUGGUUUUGUGUAGGAGGAGCCCUUAGCCCUACUGGGUUGUGCAGUUCAGGACACUACUGCCCUCAAGGCACGUGGAGGGGCACGCAGUACCCCUGCCCUGCAGGGACUUACAGCACCCGGCUGGGAAAUAGCGGAGUAGAAGAUUGUGCUGCCUGUCCUGAAGGAGCUUUCUGCACCAGUGGGACCUCCAAGCCAGUCCUCUGCCCAGCUGGAACCUAUCGUGUGGAACGUGGUGCAGAAGUGGCUGCAGACUGCAUCCCUUGUCCAGGAGGGUAUUACUGCCCCGAGCUUGGCACUGUUACUCCUCGAACAUGUGGUGCUGGCAAUUUCUCAGACCAGGGUUCCGUCUCCUGCUUGCCAUGUCUUGUUGGACAUUACUGUGCUAGUGAGCACACCAGCCAGGAGGUGAUGCUCCUUGCCAUGGUCUGCCCAGCUGGUCUCCUGUGCCCAGAAGGACUGGCAGUUGUGCCAGAUGCCAGUGCAAACUCCUGUCCAAGAGGAUACUACUGUCCCCAGGGAGACAACGGCUUACACGGUAAACCUUGCCCCAAUGGGACCUAUGGUGAGCAGAGGGGUCUAAGCAGCGCUGAUGAAUGUUUACCAUGCCCUGUACGGAAGUACUGCUACAGAGAUGGGAUUGAGCCUCCAGGAAUCCCCCACCCUACUGGAGAUUGCCCACCUGGCUAUAACUGCCCUCCAGGGACUGGAUUCCCUUUCUCCUUCCCCUGUAUGCCAGGCUUCUUCUGGGAUAAUUCCACAGCAGAGGAUGAAGACGCUUGCAGGCUAUGUCCAUCUGGGUACUACUGUGACUCUCCUGCCAUGUCACAGCCCAAAACUUGCCCAGCAGGCUUUUACUGUGUGGAAGGCACCUCUAAACCUGAGCCCUGCCCAGAGGGUACAUACAGUAACAAGAAGGGGCUGUCUGCACCCUCGGGGUGCAGCCCCUGUGGCCAUGGCUUCUACUGCUCUGCUCCAGGACAAACUGGCCCAAGUGGUCCCUGUGAGGCUGGAUUCUACUGCCAGGGCAGGGCUGUGAGUCCGUUGCCCACAGACGGUGUGACGGGAGAUGUGUGUCCCGCAGGGGCAUACUGCCCACCCGGCUCUCCCUUACCUAUCCCCUGUCCUCCAGGAACUUACAGCAACGUGAACGGGUUGAGAAGUCUCCAUGAGUGCUUGGAAUGCCCACCUGGCCUGUAUUGUGAUGGGACAAAUAGUCAGACUCCCUCAGGACAAUGCAAACCUGGCUACUUCUGUACAGGAGGUGCCAGAAAUGCUCUUCAGCAAGUGGUGAUGGAGGGGCAUUAUUCCUUAGCAGGAGCUUUCAAGCCAGAGCCGUGUCCUCUUGGCAGCUUCCAGCCAGUCCGUGGUCAGUCUCUCUGCAGGGACUGUCCAGAGGGGACAUUCUGCAAUGAGACAGGUCUGGCUACACCCCACGAUUGUCCCAAAGGGCAUUUUUGCUUGGCUGGGAGUUCCUUGCCUCUCCCAUGUCCAGCGGGAACUUACACAGAUGUAGGCAGGGCAGGUUUGUGCAAGCCCUGCCCAGCAGGCAUGUACUGCAGCGUGGCUGGGCUGACGGAGCCAGAAGGACGUUGCCAGCCAGGGUAUUACUGUAUUCAAGGUUCCAGCAGCUCCUCACCCGUAGGGCUUCCAUUUGGAGAUCUUUGCCCACAAGGACAUUAUUGCCUUGCUGGCACAACGCACCCUGAAGAGAUGCCGUGCCCUGCUGGCACCUGGAAUGGACAUAGAGGAGCCCAGGAUGCCUCUUGGUGUCUGCCUUGUGUCCCUGGGUUUUUCUGCAAUGUAUCUGGCCGAGAUGCUCCUGCUGGACCUUGUGCACAAGGCUAUUUCUGCACAGGAAGAGCAAAGACUGCAAAACCAGAGGAUGGCAUCACUGGAGAUGUCUGUCCUCAAGGACAUUUCUGCCCUGCGGGCUCAGCAGCACCUUCUCCCUGCCCCAGCGGAGAAUACAGUAAUGCGACAGGGCAAGACAAAUGCUUCCCUUGUCCUGCUGGGUUUUACUGUUCAAAAGGGCUAACACAUCGCUGUCCUCCCGGCUUCUAUUGCCCUCAGAAAACUGGAAGCACUUUUUAUCCUUGUCCCCCUGGGACUUACAACCCCUUCUACGGACUCAGCCAGGCAGAGAGGUGCCAGCAGUGCCCUGCAGGAAUGUUCUGUGGAGAAUGGGGAUUAGCCUCUCCAAGUGGACUCUGCUGGCCAGGAUUCUUCUGCACAGCAGGGGCAAGUGUCCCAAACCCUAAUGGAGCCACUAACACAAGCACUGGUGGCCCGUGUCCACUUGGACACUUCUGCCCCUCUGGCACAAGUAUCCCCCAGCGAUGUCCUGUGGGCACUUACUCAGACAGGCUCUACAACCAGCAGGAUUCCAGCUGCACAGUGUGUCCAUCUGGCUCCUACUGCAGCAGUGCUGGCCUCGCAGCACCCUCGGGACCCUGCUCAGCUGGAUAUUACUGCCUGCCUGGAGCUUCCUCACCAUCACCACUUGGCUACUACUGCCCGGAAAAUACCACCAGCUACAGCCAGAAUCCCUGCCCCGCCGGCUUUUACUGCCCCAAAGGAACCAGGUUUGCUACUGAGUUUCCCUGUCCUCGGGGCUACUAUAACCCUGAGCCCAUGACACAGAGCCUGGAUAGCUGCUUGCCCUGUCCACCUGGGCACUACUGUGGGAAGGAGAACCUGACAGCUGCCUCGGGGAAGUGUGAUGCGGGCUGGUUUUGCAUCUCAGCUGCUUGGACCUCCCGGCCUUUCGAUCUGGAUAACUACACCAAUUCCAACUGCCUCUGCCCAGCCACGGCCACUGGAGGGAAGUGCAUAGCUGGUUUCUAUUGCCCCAGAGGAAGCCCAGAGCCUCUUCCCUGCCCUCCAGGAUUUUACUGCAACGCCCCAGGUCUGUCUGUCCCUAGCGGGGAGUGCACAGCUGGGUUCUACUGUAAGGGUGGAGCAGCUCUCCCUAAACCAACAGAUGGUGUGACUGGGAAUAUUUGCCCUGUGGGGACCUACUGCACUGCAGCAUCAGCUGUACCCAAGCUCUGCCCAGCUGGCACCUUUUCCAGCCUUCCUGAGAGGAGAACUCUUUCCGAGUGCCAGCCUUGCCCCUCUGGCUUCUACUGUGAGGUUCCUGGCCUCAGCGCCCCAACUGGAGAGUGCUGGGAAGGCUAUUACUGUGACAGCCAGCAAGGGCCAGUUAUUGAUUUUACCCUUUACCCAUGCCCGCAAGGUUUUUACUGCCCAGCAGGGACAAACAGGAGCACUCAGCACAGCUGCCCUGCAGGAACCUUUGGAUCAAGGCAAAAACUGAGAAGUAUCAAGGAAUGUCAAAGAUGCCCACCGGGAAAAUACUGCGAACUCUCUGGCCUCGCUGUCCCAACAGGAGAUUGUGCUGCAGGGUUUUGGUGCAAAAGUGGGGCCCGAGUAAGAAACCCCCAAGAUGGAGAAUCGGGACGUCUUUGUCCUCCGGGUCACUAUUGUCCUGAAGGUGCCCCAAUUCCAUUACAGUGCCCUCCUGGCACGUGGUCUGGCAGUGAAGGCGUUCGGAGUUUGCAGGAAUGCCAGCCAUGCCCUGCGGGACUUUAUUGCAACAGCUCUGGGCAAACGGCCCCCUCAGGACACUGCAGCCCAGGGUACUACUGUGUCACCAGGGCUCAGACAGCAACACCCACUGAUGGCCUCUCUGGAGCUCCGUGUCCGGUCAGUCACUUCUGCCCUUUGGGAUCCAGCAGCCCCGAGCCGUGCCCUCCUGGCUCCCACAUGCCACACACCCAUGGAGACAAGUGUCUCACUUGCCCGGAGGGUCAAUACUGUGUCUCUGGUGAGAACCCACAGCCGUGUCCCCGGGGGUAUUUCUGUCCCAAUGGCACGGCUCUUCCACUUGCUUGUCCGGCAGGGUCCUACAAUCCUUCACAAAGGCAAGCCAGCUGCCUCCCCUGUCCUCAAGGCUUCUUCUGCCCCGAAAACUCCUCUUCCUUUUUGGAGAAUGAAUGUUCAACCGGUCACUACUGCCCUACUGGUACUGCUUCUGCAACCCAAUUCCCGUGUCCUAAGGGAACUUACAACCCACGGACUGGGAGCAGCCUGAUGUCUCACUGCAUCCCCUGUGAACCAGGGCACUACUGCGCGCUUGCGGGGCUGUCGCAUGUUACAGGACCCUGUUUGGCUGGGUUCUACUGCAGCGGAGGUGUUUCUAGUCCAAUUCCUACAGAUGGUCUUCUGGGGAACGCAUGUCCGAAGGGAGCUUACUGCCCUCUGGGAUCUGCUUUUCCGCAGCCGUGUCCUUCUGGUUAUUAUAGCAAUUCAGCUGGAAAUACUGGGAUAGAGGACUGUCUCCUGUGUGAUGCAGGGUAUUUCUGCAAUGGGACUGGACUUGUCUCUCCGACUGGAUUAUGCGAGGCUGGAUUCUACUGUAGUGGAGGAGCCAUUUCUCCCAAACCUCCCAGGACAACAGUCAGUGGAGGACCAUGUCCACCUGGACACUACUGUGUGAGAGGGAGCAGCAGAGCCCAGCCGUGCCCUGCGGGGACUUACAACCCAUCCUGGAGUAUGGCACAGUGUCUGGAGUGCCCAGAAGGUUUUUACUGCACAACUGCUUCCACAAACUACAUGGAUUGUCCUGCAGGUCACUACUGCCCCAGAAACACAGAAUUUGCCAUGCAGUAUCCUUGUCCCACUGGAACAUACAGUGAAGCUUUAAAUAUCUGGGAUGCUUCCAAGUGCCAGCUGUGUCCUCCUGGAAUGGUCUGUUCCAAGCCGGGCCUUGCAAGACCAGAUGGACCGUGCACGCCUGGAUGGUUUUGUCCUUCUGGAUCCACUUCAAGCAAACCAGUGUUCCUUGGAAACUACUCUGCAGGCAUGGCAGUUCCAUCUUCUGGAUCCGUUGGGUUGUGCCAAGCAGGAACCUUUUGUCCACUUGGUUCAUUUCUUCCUCUUCCCUGCACUCCAGGUUUGUACUGCGCAACUGCAGAGCUUGCAGCUCCAUCAGGUCCCUGCGACGCUGGCUUCUACUGCACUGGGGGCUCCACGCUCCCAAACCCCAUGGAUGGAGCAAUGGGGAACAUCUGUCCUCCAGGCCACUUCUGUCCUGCAGGGAGCUCUUCUCCAUCUCCAUGUCCCCCGGGAUUCUUUUUGCCUCUUCGUGGUGGGCAGUCGGCGCAGGAUUGCCAGGACUGCUUCCCAGGGUGGUUCUGUUCUCAACCUGGUCAGAGCUCCCCAGAAGGUUUGUGUAAAGAAGGAUGGUUUUGCCCAGAGGGCUCUGCAUCAGGCCAGCAUUCAGACUAUGUGUGUCCUGCGGGUCACUAUUGCCCCACCGGCAGCCCAGAGCCCAUACCCUGUCCUCCUGGAAAAUAUCAGGACCGGGCUGGUAAAAGCCAGUGUGAAACAUGCCCAGCAGGAAUGUUCUGCGCCCCAAACGACAACCUUGCUGAUCUCCAGGGGAACUUCUCGUGUGGUGUAUUCAAACCAAUGGAAUGUCCAGCAGGAUAUUACUGCCCGUCAGGAACAAGAGCCGCCAAUCAGUACCCGUGCCCGGAAGGCACCUACAGUAACCAAACUGGACUGGGCAAUCCCAGUGAGUGCAAGCCUUGUCCUGGAGGAACAUUUUGUGCCAAUGCAGGACUCUCCUCCCCAAGCGGUCCUUGUUUGCCGGGGUAUUACUGCACUUCGAAGGCGCUGAUACCCAAUCCUAUUAAUGACGAGACAGGCAACAUUUGCCCUGCGGGCCAUUACUGCCCACCAGGUAGCAGCAAGCCAGAGCCGUGUCCUGCUGGCACGUUCUUACCUCAGUCUGGGAUGGUUUACCUUAAUGCCUGUCUGCCCUGUCCACGGGGGAAGUUCUGCCAAGGAGAAGGCCUGGCCAGUGUUUCUGGAACAUGUUACGCUGGGUAUUUCUGUGAUCUUGGAUCAACGCUGCCAGAUCCUAAACAAUGCCCCCCUGGCUUCUUCUGUCCUGAAGGCUCUGAAUCCCCAAUUCUCUGCAGUCCUGGAACUUUCAACUCCGAUAGUGGAAAACGGAAGCCAACAGACUGUCAGCUCUGCCCAGCUGGCUACUUCUGCGGCGAGCUGGGCAAAACCACUUCAGAAGGAAGUUCUGCAGGUUCCUACCGCCCACCUGGCCAGGCUUCGGUUACUCACGUUCCCUCUCGCUGUCCACGAGGCUUUUACUGCCCUGCAGGAUCUGCUUUUCCUGUACCCUGUGAGAAUGGGACAUAUCAGUCACAGGAGAGGAAGGACUUCUGUGACGUCUGCCCGGGAGGAUACUUCUGCCAACAGCCUAAUGAAAAUUCUGGAGCACAUACUCCUGAGCUGUGCCCUGCUGGGUACUUCUGUCCACCGGGUACCAACUUCAGUACAGAGCAUCCGUGUCCAAAGGGUACCUUUGGCCCCAGGACUGGUGUCACUAGUGAGUCUGACUGUGAGCCCUGCCCAGCGGGCAUGUAUUGCUCAGCACCAGGUCUAUCGCAGCCUUCUGGGUUUUGCUCUCCAGGUUAUCAUUGCGCCAAGGGAGCCAUCAGCCCAGCCCCCUUCAAACACAGAGUGGAAUCUUCCAGCCUUGGUCUCCCUGGUAACGACAUUUGUCCCAUAGGGCAUUUCUGUCCCAGGGGUACAGAGCAUCCUGUGCCUUGUCCUCCUGGAUCGUUCUCUACUCUCAUGGGUCUGGAGGCAGAAGAACAAUGCCAGCGCUGCCCUGCCGGCCGGUAUUGCAGCGGAGCAGGAUUAUCUGAUCUGGCCCAGACAUCGCUGUGUAACGCAGGAUAUGUUUGCCUGGAAGGAAACUCUGAUCCCUGCCCUUCUGAUGGGGUUCAUGGAUACAGGUGUCCCAGUGGCUUUUACUGCCCGGCAGGCACUGGGCUAGAGCUGCCCUGUGAGCCUGGUACGUUCAGUCCUGUGCCUGGAGCAAGCGUCUGCCUGCCUUGCCCAGCCGGGACAGCCUGCAGCAACGCUGGCACUGCUGAGCCGCUGAGCUGCCCUAGAGGUUAUUAUUGUCCAGCUCGCACUGCUGUCCCCCUGCCAUGCCCUGAGGGGACGCUGAACACCUUGGAAGGAGCAGUGGCCGCGGCUGCCUGCACGCCGUGCCCCGUGGGGAAGUACUGCAGAGGAGAUGCCAACUGGGAACCUGAUGGUCUGUGUUCAGCUGGGUACUACUGUGAAGGAGGAGCCACCGAUGCCGUUCCACGUGGGACACCCGCCUUCCCGCUCAAUGGGCCCUGCCCAAGUGGGCACUAUUGUCCAGAGGGUACUCAUCUCCCACUUGCCUGCCCAGUUGGGACCCUGAACAAUGCCACAGGUGGUACCUCCCUGCAGAGCUGUGUGCCAUGCUAUCCUGGGUCUUUCUGCGCUAGCACUGGUUUGAGUUCUCCAACAGGACCUUGUUCCGAGGGGUUUUACUGCCCAGCAAACUUCAGCUCCAUCAGCCCCACGGCAUUCCUCUGCCCUAAGGGUCACUUCUGCCAGUCAGGAGCAGCCCACCCAAUGCCAUGCCGUGUUGGGGAAUACCAGCCGGCCAGGGGCUCUGCAUCCUGCAUUCCAUGCCAGAGAGGAUUCUACUGCCAGGACCAAGUGACAGGAGACCCCAGGCGCUGCCCACCACAUUCUUACUGUCCCACAGGCACAGGGGCUCCUCUCACAUGUCCUGAAGGUACCUUCACGCCUCCAAAUAUGACCGGCCUCUGGAAUGAGAAGGAAUGCCUGUCUUGCUUACCUGGUCACUACUGCAGGCACGGGCAGCUGGAGGGAAAGUGUGCUGCUGGAUACUUCUGCCUUGCUGGGAGCUCUCAACCUACUCCACAAGGCCAGAGCUUUUCCUGGCGCUUCCUCGCCGGGUGCCGUUGGGGUCAGGUGUGUGCAGGGCUGUGUCCUGCAGGGUUUUACUGCCUGGAGGGAUCAGAGGUACCUAUACCGUGUCCUGCCAAUACAAUCAGAGAUAUUCCAGGGGCUGUGAAGAGAGAAGACUGCCUGCCCUGUCCACCGGGCCACUGGUGCAAAGCAGGGGAUUCAGAGGCCUAUCCAUGCCCAUCAGGACACUAUUGCUUCGGAGGCAAUGGCAGUGACCACAGCAGUCUCCUGGCACCUCAGAAAUGCCCUCCACAAACUUAUCGCAAGCACCCAGGAGCUCAGAGCCUGACAGAUUGCCAGCCGUGUCCUCCAGGCUAUCACUGCCCUUUAUCAGGUCUGAUCAGGUUUGAGGAUUAUCCAUGUCCCCCUGGAUACUGGUGCCCUGGUAAAGGGGAUGCUUUCCUUUGCCCACCUGGCACUUCCAGAAUCCAGCCUGGUGCAAAAUCAUGGGAAGAGUGCGAUCCCUGCUCACCUGGAUACUAUUGCCCUGAUCCAGCACAGACUGGGCUGCCUAACACCCAAGGAGUACCCUGUAAACCUGGCUAUGAGUGCCCAGCAGGUUCAGUAAAUCCAAAGCCUUGCAGACGUGGUUUAUACUGUGGUGGUCACACAGCUGUGCCUUCCGUGUGCCCCGCUGGGUAUUACUGUCCUGAAGGAUCAUCGACGUACAAUAGCCCUGAGCAGCUGUGUGUGUUUCCCUACUACUGCCCCCCAGGCAGCGCCCAUCCGCUGCCUUGUGAAGGAGGGUACAUGGCCCUCAGUUUGCCUGGUCCAAGAGAUUCCUUUGAGAGAUUCUGCAGGAUCUGCAAUGCGGGAACUUAUCGCAGCGACUCUCUCAUCACCGCACCCUGCCAGCCCUGUCCCGCAGGCUUCAUCUGCCCACCAGGCAGUGAGAAUUACCAUAAGAAGCCUUGCCCCAGGGGCUAUUACUGCCCUCCUCUGGCAUCUGCCCCCCUGCCCUGUCCCCCGGGGACCCUAGGGAGCAGCGACUUUGCGAAGCAUAUAGAGGAUUGCCAGGCCUGUCCUGCUGGCUCCUUCAACCACCUUCCUGGUCAGGCUGCCUGCUUCCCCUGUGGCAGCUCUUCUUCCUCUCAGCCUGGUGCUACCAGCUGUUCCUGCCAUGGGCUGAACCGGGCGUUCCAGCAGUCAGAUGCCUCCUGCAUCUGCCAGGCAGGAUACGUUUACUACGAUGAGAGAGGCAAGAAAGACCCUGACAGCAACAGCGAUCAGGACUGCCGACCUCAGGUGGAUGAACUCUGUGCUCCUGGAGAGGUCCGUCUAGCAUCUACGCGCCAGUGCGUCCUUCCUGAGCGAUACGACUGCUCUCCUUCUUGUGGGCCAGCAGGUGGAGAGAUUAAUGCAGACCUGGGCAUAUGCCACUGUAAACAGUAUGUCUCUGCUGAGGAGCUCUGUGACCAACUGUGUUUGCUGAGAGCCCCAAGGAUCUCCUUGGGAUUUGGCAUCAAUAGAGAGUUUCUUCUGAGGAUGAACGAAGGAGAAGUCAGGGAAGUAGCAAACGUUCUGGGCCCAGAUGAUCACGUGCAGAAAAGCCAGCGGGUGCACUUGGUUCUGUUUAGUCCCAGUGGAGUGCUCGGCUUCAUUGUCUCCAGCACAGAGGUUCUGGAUGCGUUUCUCAUGGGAGACUUUUCAUCAGAUCCAUUGCUGCAAAAAGGUCUUCAAGUCCAGAGGAGUUCUUCCAAAGGUAUCCAUGCCUUGCCUGUCGUUCCUAACCCAGUAGUGUGUUUGGAAGCAGGAGACACAAUCCUUUUCCAGCUUAGCAUCAAUUCCCACAAUCGAGCAUCCAGUCAUUACCCCGUUUAUCAGAAGCAACAUCUGUAUAACAGCAACCCAAGCUGGGAUUUUGGACCCUUCCGAAGACUGGAACACCUCAUCCAGGAGACUCACCUCAACAUCUCCUGGUUUGCCCAUGUUUUCCUGGAGUCUGGGACAUAUGUUUUCAGGGAUAGGACCAUUCAGGAACACUUCUUGAUUGUAACUGUGAAAGAAGCAAACGUGAGCUGUGACCCCAGAGAUGCAUCCUUCCAGCCCUCUUCUCUGUUCCAGCUGGCCAGACAUGGGGUUUUGAAGCAACGGGGACUGAAUUUAGCUCCUGACUGGGCUGCUAUCACAGUGGUCGUCUUCAUUCUGGGCUUCCUAAUUGUUGUGCUGACAACCUUGGCUAUAGUGUUCCAGCCUGCUGUUCCCAUCAUUAGCCCCCUGAAGAGCUGGAAGCCACGAUGGAGAAGCCUGGGCGAGCCACACAUCCCAGCAGAGUACAUCCUCCUUAAAGACAGCCUUCAGUUCUAUCAGACAGUUGGACCUCGUGGUUCCGGAGAAGACGCUGCCUUUGGUGAGAAAGGAGCUGCACAUAAUGCAGAAGAGCGUUUUCCACUGAAGGUUCUGGAGGAUUUCAGUGUUCGCACCCUGUAUGACAAACUGGAAGAUCAGAAUUUGCACCUGGCAUCUCAGCUGGCGAAGCACAGGAUGGAUGCGUUGGUGUUUUACAAUGGAAUCCACCAGCAGAUACAAAGCCUCAUGGACGUGGUGCAAGCCUGGGGCACCGAAGGCCUGAAAACCUUUGCCAGGCAAAGGAUUUGUGGGAAUAAACCUGCAGAGAGCAGCUGGGCAGCCGUGGGCAUCGAGCAAAGCGAUGAGCACUGCAGCAACAACUUCCAAACAGGUGCUCCAUGGCAAGAGGCAACAGAGUUAAUGAAAGCUCUGGUAACGCUGCUUGGCAACGCUCCGUACAAAAACACAGCUGUGAAACAAGAGAUGGAGCGGAAGGUCCAAGGACAGAACGCAGUGGCAGUUGAACCUUCACUGGGUAGCCUGGACAGUGGAAGUAAAUCGGAAGUAGUGGAAGGACAGGAUCAUGAGCUGCCUCAGCAAUAUGAGCUCUUCAGUAGGAAAGAUGGUUUUUUCGGCUUCGCUGGACAUGAAGAACAUAGUUUGGAUCUCCAGUUGGCGUAUCUGACCGAGUUGGAGGUGGAGGGCCUGAUAGCAGCUUCUCCCCUUGCCAAGACUCUGUGGGAGAUCAAGCAAGCUUUGAAUAACCUGCAGCAGCUUUAAGAAUUUGUUCAUCCAGGUAACAAAUCCUACUCUGUAUUACAGUUCUUGUUUCCCCACAGUGGAGAGGAUGUACGACUACCAAACGGGGGGGAGAGGAGCUCUCUCUCAUCCUUAGCGCCUUGCUAAAACACACAGACAAAUGUCUGCUUUUCAGCUGCAACUCAUUAAAAAGAAGUCACCCAAAGGUCAAUAAACUGACCAAAGCGCUUGAUUAAUCCACAUAUGUAGACUUGCAUCCUUCUUUUUCUCAGAAAGUACUUACACAAACAGGAUUUUGGUGCCU